UUGACGCUAGCGGUCGCAGAGCAAGCGGAUGGAUGGAGCUCUCCUCGGCCGCGUUAAAGUUUCUUUCUAUCCACUUUAUCGUUUUCAGGACAACUGGGAUGUCCAAACAAGUGACUUUGGAGGCGUACGGGCUUGUUUUGUAGCUAGUUGGCACAAUUCCUCAGUCUGUGUCCCGACCUAAAAAAAAAAAAAGUUGGUUUGGGUUCAAAACGGUGUAAGCAAAGAAGACGACAUGUCGCUGAGCAGGAGCAUCGAAUUCGAGCACUUCGAAGAGCGUGAGAGCAAGCCGCACUGGACGCCGAGGGCUCCGGGCUCCCACGCCGGCGGGGGCGGCGGCUCCUCCCGGGGUGCGGGACUGACGCCCAGCCCGGCGCAUAGCGCGCACUGCAGCUUCUACAGGACUCGAACCCUGCAGUCGCUCACGUCCGAGAAGAAGGCCAGGAAAGUGCGCUUCUACCGAAAUGGAGACAAGUACUUCAAGGGCCUGGUGUACGCGGUGUCCGCCGACCGCUUCCGCUCCAUGGACGCGCUGCUCAUGGAGCUGACGCGCUCGCUGUCGGACAACGUCAACCUGCCGCAGGGGGUCCGGAACCUGUACGCCCUGGACGGGGGCAGGAAGAUCAGCAGCCUGGACGACCUGGUGGAGGGGGAAAGCUACGUGUGCGCCUCCAACGAGCCUUUCCGACAUGUGGACUACGCUAAGAACGUCAACCCCAACUGGGCCGUGGGCAGCAAGACGGGCACGUCGCGCUCCCUUUCUUCGCUGCUCUCGCCGAGAGGCGAGCAUCAGCGCGAGCCCAAAGACUUCAUCAAGCCCAAGUUGGUCACGGUGGUCCGUAGUGGCGUCAAACCGCGCAAGGCCGUGCGUGUCCUGCUCAAUAGGAAGACGGCUCACUCCUUUGAGCAGGUUCUGACCGACAUCACGGACGCCAUCAAGCUGGACUCAGGUGCCGUGAAGAGGCUGUACACGCUGCAAGGCAAGCAGGUCACAUGCCUGCAGGACUUCUUCGGCGAUGACGACGUGUUCAUUGCGUGCGGCCCAGAGAAGUACCGCUACGCCGGUGACGACUUUGCGUUGGAUCACAGCGGUAAGGCUUCCACAGCCUUUAUGACCGAGUGCAAAGUGCUGAAGUCAUCAUACGGUCGUUCCGUCACUCCGAACCGGACUAGCAAGAGUCCUGGACCUUCACGACGCAGCAAGUCUCCUGGUGCAGCGAGGCGUACGGCCCUCUCCUCCACCGGUCAGUCUCCUGCCAAAACUCCAGUAAACGGUCACAUCUCCACACCGAGGUCCGGCAAGUCGUCCACACCCUCUCCCACUGGCCUCCAAAGCCUCCCUGGUCUCAAGAAGGUUCCGUCACAUCACGGCUCAAAUUCAAACGUCGGCUGCUCGCUCUACAACCACCAGGGGGAGACAACCGGUCCAGAGGUGAACGGUAACCAUAACGACCAGACCUCCUCCGCCAUCCUGGAGAAGUACACGAUAGGGGAAGUUAUCGGAGACGGCAACUUUGCUGUGGUGAAGAAGUGUGUCGAGAGGUCCACAGGAAGAGAGUUUGCCCUGAAGAUCAUCGACAAGGCCAAGUGUCGUGGCAAGGAGCACCUGAUAGAGAAUGAGGUGUCUGUGCUCAGGCGGGUGAAGCACCCCAACAUCAUCAUGCUGGUGGAGGAGGUGGACACGCCCUCGGAGCUGUGUCUCGUCAUGGAGCUGGUCAAGGGUGGCGAUUUAUUCGACGCCAUCACGUCCUCGGCCACGUACACGGAGAGGAGCGCCAGCGUCAUGGUGUCCAACCUGGCCUCCGCCCUGCAGUACCUUCACGCCAUGAACAUCGUCCACAGAGACGUCAAGCCGGAAAACCUACUGGUGUUUGAGAAUCCCGACGACACCCUAUCACUCAAGCUCGGGGACUUCGGCCUUGCCACUGUGGUCGAGGGACCGUUGUACACCGUGUGUGGGACGCCGACGUACGUGGCGCCGGAAAUCAUCGCAGAGUCUGGUUACGGCGUCAAGGUGGACAUCUGGGCUGCAGGCGUCAUCACGUACAUCCUCCUGUGUGGCUUCCCUCCUUUUCGAAGCGAGAGCAACCAGCAGGAGGAGCUCUUUGAGCAAAUUCUACUGGGCCGACUGGACUAUCCCAGUCCUUACUGGGACAACAUCACUGAUUCAGCCAAGGAGCUGAUCGGCAAGAUGCUGUUGGUAAACGCGGAGGGUCGCUACUCGGCGCGGGACGUCCAGGCCCACCCUUGGGUGACGGAGGACGUCGACGCGGAGAACAACAUGAAGGCCGAGGUGACGGGUAAACUGAGAACGCACUUCAGCCCGACGGCCAAGCGCGGCGACGCCACCGCGGCCGUCUCGGUCAUUAUGAAGACGGCCCUCGAUAAGGAGACCCUUCAGCUGGCGGGCCGCCAGCCCCUGCCGACACUCCACCCGCCGCCAUCACCGGAUCCCCCAAAAUCCGAGGAUGCUUCUCCAACCGUUCCAACCUCCUCCUCGUCCCUGACCUCCCCCGGAUGUCCCGUCAAGCACGUGGUCUUCCUGCCGCUGUCGUUCCCUUCGCCUCCGUCCACGCCGCCCUUAUCGUCCACCUCCACCCCGUCGCCUCCCGGCUUCGCGGCGGUCGCCCAGGAGCUUCUGGAGGGGGUUUGAAAAGACGCACCCAAACGAGACUUGUUUGUAUUUGUUGAGAAAGGACUCGAGAGGACCAAACUGACCGAAUGUUGCUUUCAACACCGUCAUGUGAAGCGUUAUUAAUUAUAAUACACUAGUUUAGCGUUUGCUUCUCGGACUUGAGACACUGUAUUUACACUGACUAUAGAAUGCUUUGCUUAAGUAAUACAACCAUAUUCCCAAAUAGAUGACAGGGGACAACUCAUUUCCACCCUUCAAAUUCUAAACAGGAAACAGUGGAAUUUAUUUUUUAAUAAAUGAGCAUUGAUUUACAAAAAAUAAUUUUCCAUCCAUCCAUCCAUCCAUUUUCCGUACCGCUUCUCCUCACUAGGUUCGCGUUCUUCGGGUGAGAGGCGGGGUACACCCUGAACUGGUCGCCAGCCAAUCGCAGGUCAUUUUCCCUUUGUUGUUAUGCGAUAUCACAUGUAGAAUUUCAAAUUUAUUCCGUUUUGGAAGACGGCUGUAACCAAAAAUGCAAGGCACUGUAGGCUGUGAAUAAAGUAGCAACUUUUUGAAUGAUGAAUUCAUGACAAAUCAUUUCAAAACUUAAAAUUAUAGCCCAUACGAUCCAAUUGAACCAGAAAUAUGUUGGUGUUUUAAAAACAAAACUAUUAAAAAGCUAUUUCCCCCGCCCCAUUGUUCGCCACAACAGUUUUGGUUUAACAAUAUUUCUCCCCAAACAGAUUUGCAUAUUUCAUAAUGUUAUUGUUUGGGUAAUAAUUCCCAUGAUUUAUUUAAUCCAUUUUUUUUAGCAUCAUUUCUGUGCUCACAAUUAUAGCCACAGAGUAUUCAUAAUAGGCUGAUGUAGUUGUGUAAUGUUGACGGCGGGCAGUAAUAAUAAGCCAGCAACAUGUAAUAAAAUGGUUAGAGAGUUAGAUAAGAGCGUCAUUGUGGUCUAUUUUCCUAAAUAAUUUCGUUCAGCUCGACCUAUGGAUGGCUGUUCAAAUAACAAAUGUCCUUCUUGGCCAAGAGGGCGGCAAGCGUCUCAACGAACAGGUUUCAGUUUGUUGUAAUUUCUUCUCCCCAAAUGCAAACAUUUGCUGUAUAUGCUGAAACAAACGUCCUCGAAAAUGUUGCUCUCCUGUGACUCACUGGAAUCUACUUCAGUUGCAUAAAACAUGGUUCUGACAAUGCCUUCCCACCUUUGUCCCAUUUGUUCUCCAAACAAACCUUUUCCUGCUCCGACAUUUUGCUUUCCUAUGAAUCACUGAACUGAUAGUUAGCCAUGUCAAGAAUUGCUUCACAUCUGUGUCGAAAACGAUCAAACGAUUUACUGUAUGAACUGCUUGCUUUCCUAUGAAUCCAUGAACUAAUAUGUUGUAGAAUCACUACUUCUGAAAACUCCUUCACAUCUGUGUUGCAUUUUCUUUUCUAGCUUCAACAUUUACUGUACAUACUGAAACAUCCAAGAAAAAAUGUUGCUUUACUGUGAAUCACGAAACAAAUAUUUUGUCGUAUUGCAGUUGCUGAGAACUGCUUCACACCUGUGUUGCAUUCUUCAUCACAGAAUCCAAGACUGGCUACAAACUAAAACACAUAGAAUAAAGAGUUUGCGUCCCUGAGAAUCAUGCAUUUUAUUUUACAAACCCAAACAUUUACUGCAUUAACUUAAACAUGGUAGAAAAUGUUGCUUUAUUAUUUAGGCAUAAAAGGUUUUCAGAGAACUGCUUUGCAUCUGUGUUGCAUUUUUCUUAAAGACAAACACCGUGUAAACCAUAGGUGUCGAACUCAAGGCCGGGGGCCAGAUGCAGCCCGCCACAUCCUUUUAUGUGGCCCGCGAAAGCAAAUCAUGCUCGUCAACUUCCGUGAUUUU